AUGGUCGCCAAUCGCAAAAAGAACCGCUCUCUCACAACAACCAUUUUUCUCCUUAUUGUCGCAUACCUUCUCUUAGUAUGGCUCCCUCUCAGCCGUAUAGGUUCAUCACAAAACAAGCACCCAAACCCCACUCCAAUAAAUAAAAAACUCCCCUCAAAGGAUACAAUUCAUUUAAGUGAAGCGACAGAACGCUAUCCAGUCACUUCAUACAUUCCAUUACCAACAUCACCAUCUACAAUUCCUCGCAUUCAAUAUGAUUUCCCGAAAGAGUCCAGGAAGGAUCGAAAACAGAGAAUCAAGAGACAAGAAGCUGUCAAGAAAGCCUUUAUGUAUUCUUGGAACGGAUAUAAAGAUCACGCCUGGCUACGGGAUGAGGUGUCACCCAAAAGUGGGCGGUAUCAAGACUCGUUCAGUGGGUGGGGUGCUACUUUGGUCGACUCCCUUGAUACAUUGAUUAUUAUGGGGCUCGACGAUGAAUUCCAGCUUGCUGUGGAAGCUCUCGACCAGAUCGACUUCAGCACCACCUUUAGUGAUCAGGUUAAUGUUUUUGAAAUCGUUAUAAGAUAUAUGGGUGGCCUCAUCGCUGCUAAUGACCUGACUAAUGGAAAGUAUCCCAUCUUGAUCAGGAAAGCCGAAGAGCUUGGUGAUAUGAUUUUUAAUGCAUUUGAUACGCACAACCGAAUGCCCCAGAUGCGCUGGGAGUGGGCCAAAUCCGCUCAAGGAGAAGAGAUCAAACCCUCCGAAGUAACGUCUUUGGCUGAAUUAGGCUCACUGACUGUCGAGUUCACCCGCCUGUCGCAGCUCACCGGCAAUCCCAAAUACUUCGAUGCCGUCCAGCGGAUUACAAACGAGCUUGACCGAAGUCAAAUGACCACCCGCUUGCCAGGACUAUGGCCAGUCUCCAUAAAUGCAGAUGAGUUGACUUUCGACCGGUCCGAGUUUACACUAGGCGGUGCUGCAGAUUCGACCUACGAGUACCUUCCAAAGGAACACAUUCUUCUUGGAGGACAAACAGACCAGUACCGAGACAUGUACACGAAUGCCAUUGAGUCCAUCAAGAAGAACAUGCUCUUCCGAGCAAUGACAAAAGAAGAAGACCGACAGGUUCUUUUCACUGCCAACAAUCGCGUGAUGAAAGGUGGACUUAUGAAAUUCCAAUAUGUCCAGGAACACCUCAAGUGCUUCCUAGGUGGCACGGUUGGACUGGCAGCAAAGAUCUUCAAUCGUACAGAAGACAUAGCCAUCGCCCGCGGACUGACAGAUGGCUGUGUCUGGGCAUAUGACCAGAUGCCAACAGGAAUAAUGCCCGAAUCCAUGAUAUACACACCAUGCGAGGAUAUGAACCACUGUCCGUGGGACGAAAGCCGCUGGUACGGCGACGUACUCGGACAGCCAAUGAAAUCAAGAGGCCACCUCGAAAGAGCACAACGUCUAGUCGAAGACGAAGGGAUCCCGCCUGGCGUAGUCCAGUUCCAGGAUCCAAGCUACAAGCUCAGACCCGAAGCUGUGGAAUCAGUUUUCAUCAUGUACCGCAUCACUGGAGACAGAUCUCUCCAAGAUACGGCGUGGCGCAUGUUCCAGAGCAUUGACAAGGCGACACGCACUAAAUAUGGCCACUCAGCUAUUGAAGACGUGCGCAAUCCACUUCCGCAACUAAGUGAUAAGAUGGAGAGCUUUUGGCUUGCUGAGACUUUGAAGUACUUUUAUCUUAUUUUCUCUGCGCCUGAUCAUAUCAGCUUGGACGAUUAUGUUUUGAGUACUGAGGCUCAUCCGUUCAAAAGACCCUCUGAAAACGCAUGA